AUGGAAUCCCCUCGUAAAACCAAGUCCUUCUGCGCCAAUAUUUUCCUCCUUUUGUCAACAAAUCUUCUCACCCUUUUCCUUUCCACUACCUUCUACUCCUCCUCCUGCUUUUACAACCCCAUCACCACCACCACCACCGCCACCACAAACAACACUACAACAGAUGACUUUUCCAUGCCUUCACAUGAUGCCUCUGAAACCACAUUGGACCUCCCACCCGAAUACGACGCCUUCACAUCCGGACAUUUGCUCCCACUUGGAUUCAAUGCCAACUUUGAUUCCGACACCAUAUACCCUCCGGCCGGCCAAGCUUGCACCUUUUUCCCCGACGAACUCCGCCGCUUCAUGUCUUACAAAGUCAACGGAUCCUGCCCUGACGACGAGGUCCUAGCCCAAAAGCUCCUCCUCAAGGGCUGCGAGCCGCUCCCCCGCCGCCGUUGCCGCCCUGCCGCGCCUCGGAAAUACGUGGAGCCCUACCCUCUUCCGACCAGUCUUUGGACCACGCCGUCCGACAACUCAGUUGUCUGGACGGCUUACACCUGCAAGAACUACGACUGCCUCGUCAACCGGAAGUACAGGGAAAAGGGCUUCAGCGAUUGCAAAGACUGUUUCGAUCUUCAACGAAUAGAGAAGAAGCGUUGGGCGGCGUCAAAAGGCGGCGGAAUUGACUUCAGCAUCGACGAAGUAUUGGCGACGAAGAAGCCCGGCACGAUACGUAUCGGGCUUGACAUCGGCGGCGGGGUGGCAACUUUCGCCGUGAGAAUGAUGGCGAGGAACAUAACAAUUGUCACGACCUCCAUGAACUUGAACGGUCCGUUCAACAACUUCAUCGCAGCCAGAGGGGUGGUGCCGCUGUACAUUAGCAUUUCUCAGAGGCUUCCGUUCUUCGACAACACGCUGGACAUCGUGCACUCCAUGCACGUGCUGAGUAACUGGAUUCCGACAACGUUGAUGCACUUCAUGAUGUUUGACAUCUACAGAGUGCUUAGGCCGGGGGGGUUGUUUUGGCUCGACCAUUUCUUCUGCCUGAGCGUGCAGAUGGAGGAGGUUUACCAGCCGCUGAUAGAGAGCGUCGGAUUCAAGAAGUUGAAGUGGGUGGUGGGGAGGAAGCUCGAUCGUGGUCUAGAGCGUGGGGAGAUGUACCUUUCUGCUUUGUUGGAGAAGCCGCUGAACAACUCUUGGUGAUUUUUUUUCCUGGUUUAUUUAUUCACACGAGGUUUGAUUUUGAUGUUUAGUUGCU